AUGUCCGACCUACUUUCCGGUCCGCGUAGGUACCUCUUCGAUAGAACGCUUGCCGAGAGCUUCACCAUCGCAGCCUCUUUUCUUGUCGUUGUCGUUCUCUACAAAAUCGUUCCGUCCCUCAUUAGCCUGUACCGCUGGAAAGAGCCGAAAGUCCGUGUGCCUGUCUUGAAUCUCGGCGAAGAUAAGAACUAUGCCUCUGCCUCAGAAAAAUACGUGCACGACUUCAAGUCCAUUCUCCAACAGGGCUGGGAGAGGUUUCGAGAUGGUGUCUAUCAGGUCUGGGGCAUCGACGGCUUCGUGGUGAUUGUUGCACCCAAGUUUGUCGAGGAGCUCAAUACCAAGGGAACGGAUGUGGUCGACGUGCAUGCUGCGAGUCAGACGCGAAUCAUUGGCGAUUACGAAUGGCUGCGGAUUGCGGACCAUCUUCUGUUCCAUUCAGUGCAGACUGACUUGACACGACAAGUUGAAUGGUCCUCUGCUGCACUUUGGCCUCGCAUGGUCAAAAUUAUGGCCCUAGUCGUCUCCCGCAUGACUGUUGGUCCGGACCUGAGCCGCGACGAGGUCUGGCUCGACACCAUGGUGGGCUUUCUUGACGACUUGUUCGCCGGCGGCUGGGCCCUCAAGGCAUGGUCCCGACCCUUGCGUCCCUUUGCCGCCAGAGGAGGUUUUGUCUCAGGCAUUUGCGAUGUGUGGAAGCGACAAGCUACUGCCAGAGACAUGUUGAUUCCGAUCAUAAAGCAGCGCCGGGCGGCGGAAGCGGCAGCUCGAGCUUCCGGAAAGGAGUGGGAAAGACCGAAUGACCUUCUGCAGUGGAUGACUGAUAACGCAGCAAAGGACAAGUCACCUAAGAGUGACAGCUUCGUAGCCGAGAUGUGUCUCGUCUCAGGAUUUGGUUCUCUUCACGCUUCAGGCGUCACCUUGACUAAUGCGGUUCUGGAUUUGGCGGCAAUGCCGAAGUAUCAGGAUACCAUUCGAGAAGAGAACCAAGAGGCGCGGAAGCGCCAAGAGUCAAACACAAAAGAGGCGGCAAUCCUUAGCAGCCUAACAAAGCUUGACAGCUUUUUGAAGGAGUCUCAAAGAAUGAACCCUACCACAUUGAGCAGGUCAUGA